UAAACCGGUUUGCUGUGUUACAAACUUAAGAACAUUUCAGCCAAAGGAUAAAGAGUUUGUUAUAUAAGCUAACUGAAUACCCCAGAUUAAUGUACAAACUUCCAUUAUCUGUUUUACGCCUGACAAGUCAAGUAUUGCAACGAAAUUUAUUGAAGAUCAACGCCGCCAUGUUGGAAAAAGAGGACGUUGCUGCUAUGAGAAUUGAUUACGGAACCAUAGGCUUCGGUGAGGAAAAUGUCGAAGUCAAAGAACCCAUCGCGCAUUUUGAUACAUGGUUUAGGGAGGCUGCGGAAACAGAACAGAUCCAAGAACCGAAUGCUAUGACGCUAGCGACAUGCGGAAAAGAUGGGUAUCCCUCCGCAAGAACAGUUCUUCUCAAAGGUUAUACCAAGGAGGGUUUUACUUUCUACACUAACUAUGAGAGUCAAAAAGGAAAACAGCUGAUGGAAAACCCAUAUGCAUGCCUUCUGUUCUUCUGGCAGCCUCUUCAUCGACAGGUGACAAUCAGAGGGCCAGUAGUGAGAGUUUCUGAACAAGAGUCUACAGACUACUUUCAUUCCCGCCCCAGAGGAAGCCAGAUUGGAGCCUCAGUCAGUCAUCAGAGCUCAGUCAUCAAGUCAAGAGAGGUUUUGAGUGAAAGAGAAAAAGAGCUCAAAGAGAAAUACGCAGACGAGAGCAUUACUAUUCCUAAACCAGAUUACUGGGGUGGCUACACAGUAAUUCCAGAAAGCAUAGAGUUCUGGCAAGGACAGACAAGCAGAUUACAUGACAGGAUAUUAUUUCGUAAACCCAAGCCAGAUGAGAAAAUUGAUCCCGAACUCACUAAACAUGGCAAUGAAGGAUGGGUUUAUGAAAGGUUGUCACCUUGAAGAAAUAUCAUGUUUUAAUCCUCAAGUAUUCUUUCAAUUCUUUAUUUAAAUGUACGACAGUGGAUUUAUAGUUAUAUUUUAUAGUUUAUUUCUAAGAUCAGCAACAAAACUGUGAACAGUGCCACUUUUAAAUAAAAGGGUACAAUAGCAAAAUAGCAACAAUAAAAAUACAGUAUUUCUUCUAUAUACAGAUAUGAAAAAAUCAAAACCUUUGCUACAAUGGAAAUAAAAAAUGUUUGAUGAG